UAGCCGAAGACGGAAGUGACGUCACAGUUAUUGGCGAAGUGAGCGGCGUGCGAAUCACGCUUUCCUUCUGUGCCUGGGCACGCUUGUACGAUUUUUUAGGCCGUAAAGUUAGGAAGAAAUUUAAACAUGACAAAGACAAAGAAGGAGAAGACGGUGACGGAGGAAGAGGCAGUCGGAACGGAGAAAUCGUAUCAAGAACUUAUAGCUCACAUUAAUCCCAUUGCCCAGCCACUAGCCCCAAGAAAACUCAGCAAAAAGCUCUACAAGUGUGUCAAAAAAGCCGCCAAAGUGAAACAGAUCCGCAGGGGAGUUAAAGAAGUGCAGAAGUUCAUUAAUAAGGGCGAGAAAGGAAUUGUGGUGCUCGCUGGAGAUACGUUGCCGAUUGAGGUUUACUGCCACCUGCCGAUAAUGUGUGAAGACAGGAAUCUUCCUUAUGCUUACAUACCCUCUAAAGUGGACUUGGGCUCCUCAGCCGGCUCCAAGCGGCCCACCUGCGUGAUCAUGAUAAAGCCUCAUGAAGAUUACCAGGAGGCUUAUGAUGAGUGUUUGGAGGAGGUGUCAGCCCUGCCGAAGCCUCUGUGAGCCUCUGGGAGCCCUAUCAAGGCGGCUGUGCAGCCUUUCGGACUCUUGACACCUAUUGACCAUGCAGGCAGACUCAUCAUCACAUCUGCUCUGCUCUGACAGCAGAAAACACUGUUCGGAGACUGAGAGAGGAUGUGAACUUAGAGGUGGGCCUGUUUUAGUGGGGCCCUUUUAGACAUUUUUUUAUUUUUGUAUUAAAAUUGAGGAGACAGGAAUCUGUUGUGUAAUCACAGAUGUAUCAGUGUUUUCUUUUGUGAUUUGAUGUUUGUUUUAUGUGACAUGAUGCAAGCUGGUGGCCUGUAGAGUACUUGGCUUAUAUGCUUUGGUUAGUUUGUUUGCAGCUCCCACUGACGUAAUAAAAAAAACAAAAACAAAUCGACGGUAGAAA